GCAAUGCGAAUGCGGCUUCAAGGACGACUACAUUCUCGACGACACCGACGACGGCCGCUUCUACUGCGUCCAGUGCUCCGUCGACCACAACACCCAGGCGACCGCCGUCGAUGACGCCGAUUUCCGAACCCCGGGCAACAUGUCCUUUCACCGAGUUUCCCAACCCUCCAAAACCCCUACCAGAGCCAUCAACCCCCCCGUUGCCCCUCCCUUCGAGGAAGAAAUCGACGAGCUGGGGGCUCAGGUACGGCGGCGCUACGUGGAGGGCCUGCAGGUGUUCCUCUACCAGCAGCUGUAGGUGCUGGUCGAGAGGUGCCGGGUGAGCGCGCUCGUCUGCGGCGUGGCCCGAACCGUCUGGCUGCGAUGGGUGGCCGCCUCCAAGGUGUUCGACGGAAUGUGGACGCGGAAGGUGCUCGCCGAGGAUGCGUCCGCGCAGAGACCGAAGCGUUCUGCCAGUGGAGGUGGUGAUGUUCAGUUAUCACAACUGAAAGACAAGAACAAACUUGAUCAACAUAUGUGGUUUCUUAUGUGUGCAGGCGAGCAGAAACCUCAGGGGGUGAAGCGUGAACGGGCGGAUGAAGCCUCGCCUCGUAGAGACAGGCGAAGGGUCGAGUUCAUCUAUCUGCGCUCGUCGAGGAAGAUGCUGCCGCUCUACUCGACAUUGUCUGUCUCUUUCCUGGCCUGUCAUAUUGCCCGGGAAGCCAUCCUACCGACCGACAUUUAUAAGUGGGCGAUGGAGGGUAAGCUUCCUUACGUGGCAGCAUUUACCGAGGUUGACAGGCUUCUUGGGAGCCCUGGAAAACACUGCCCUCUGAAUGCGAGGCAACUCUUCAGGCCAGUCCGAGUGAUUGGAGCGUGGCAGCUGGAAGCUGCAGCUGGGUCCAUAGCGCAAAGAAUAGGCUUGCAGCUUCCUUCAGUUAAUUUUUAUGCUAUUGCUCAACGCUACUUGAAUGAGUUGUAUCUGCCGGUAGAAAGAAUCCUUCCCCAUGCUUGCCGCAUCUAUGAAUGGGCAAUGCCUCCAGAACUCUGGUUGUCUAGUAAUCCAGCUAGGAUCCCUACACGGGUCUGUGUAAUGGCUAUACUAAUAGUGGCCUUAAGACUUCAGUAUAACAUCAAUGGUCAAGGGAUAUGGGAGGAGAUUUGCGAGGCGGCAAGAAAUGCAGGUGGGUCUGAUCGUGAUGCAAAUUUAUCACCAUCAAUGAAUCUUGAUGGCGGUACCAGUGCGGAGUUUGGCACAAGAGAAUUGCUAUGGACUCUGGUACAUGGCUAUGAUAAAAUUGACGUUGCACAUGACUAUUCGAAGGACCUUCACUCAUAUCUCAGAUAUUGCAAAGAUGUUGUUUUUCCUGGGAUUGCAUGUUCAGUUGAAGAAGAGCACUUAAUAGGGAUCUUCCAGGAUCUGUACAAAGGACGAGAGGAUGAGAAUUCAAAAGGCCACACCAGAAAUGGACUGAAUAAACGAGGUCGGGACGGGACUUCUGUUGGUGCAAGGUACUUUUCUGCAUCAUCAUCAUCAGGGAUACAAAGUAUCAAGUCAGAAAUGGAAGACCAUGGAUUUUGUUAUAUGCCGCCAAGGAAAUGGCCAAGAUCAGAUGGCUACCUUCACUAUAGAAGGAAGACAAUGACUGGUCGUCUUGUUUGUGCCGGACAUGCUGAUUAUUACCUGUUGAUACGCUCAUUUGCCAAACUUGCGGAAGUUGAUAUUAUGGUUAUGCAUGCUAGUGUGUUAAAACUUGAGAGGAGACUUGGCUGGAUAGAGGAAAGAAUAGGCAGAAGCUUGGAUGCCUUGCAGAAUCUACCUACCUAAGCAAAUGAUGCGAAAAUACAUGUUUCAGGCUGAAGUUUUUGAUGGAUUGCCACUUUGCCUAGUCAGUAAUUGGUGAUGAGUUAUGGUUCUUAUAUCGGGAAAAGAGAUUAUGUUUGUAGUUUGGAUCUCAUGAUCCUGGACCAGACGAUGAGGAUCCAAACAACAGACUCUCUUGCAAGAUCCUGCUGACAAAGUGAACAGUAAUCCGUAUCUCAACUUGUGCUAACGAUUCCCAUGGAGAUGUUCUUAGACCGUAGUUCACUUUGGUGGCAAGUUAUAGUCAUCCUCUGCGAGAUUUAUCAGCUCAAAUGUAAAAAGUUACCAAGGGCACUAUGGAAUUUAUUUUAGUUGACAAGUUUUCACCUUUUUUUAUUUAUGAAUUAUCCACCUCACCGUUUGCUUGUAGGAAAAUAUGUUGUUGUACCAGACUUUUUCGCCUCAUGUCUAUGGAGCCUGUUUGUUUCUUAGGUUA